UGAAUUACGAUCUGGUAUUUCAGAUGAGAAACUUCUUAACUGCCUUGAAUCUCUGAGGGUUUCUUUAACCAGCAAUCCUGUCAGCUCAGCAACUACCAGACAACUCCAAAGAAUUAUGGGACCAGGUGAGAAACUGGUAGGUCCUGAUUGGCUGGAGGCAGCAGCGUUCUGGUAGCUGAUUGGCUCCACAGGUCGCGGGAGGCUGCUUGCAUCACCACACAUGGAAGCUUCUGGUGGUAGCCCUCUGUAGAGGUCAGAGCCCACCUGAGGAACUCACUGACUAGAGGGAAAACCUACCUCCUAAUCUCUCUGAGCUCUCCUUAAGGAUGAGUAAGAAUGGUUUUGUGAGCUAUGGCAGCGUUACUGCUGUGGGUGGAGCCAUUGGAAGCAAUGACCAACCAUUUCAGGGUGGUGCAGCUCCUGCUACUAAGGCCCCAAGAUCCAAGGUUCGAAUCCAGGAUAUUAUACCUUGUAAACAGCUGCUCAUCUCCGCCCUGGUUGACAAUGUCUUCAAGAUUAGGGGAAUUGAAGUUUUCCAGGUCUCUCUUGUGGGGAUAACCAGAAAGGCAGAGAGGGCUUCCAGCUACAUUCUUUACGGAAUUGAUGAUAUGACCACCAAGCCUAUUGAGGUCCACCAGUGGCUCAGAAGAAAUAAAGCAAAACAGAGGAUGUCGCUUCUUCCAGUGGGAGUAUAUGUCAAAGUGAUUGGUAUCCUCAAAUGUUUUAAGGAAGUAAAGGGCCUUGAAGUCUUGAAUAUCCGUGUCCUGGAGGACAUGAAUGAGUUCACCACACAUAUUCUGGAAACAGUCAGUGCACAUAUGAUGUUGGAUAAAGCCCACCAAGUGGCCUCUGGGCCCAGUGCGGCUGUUGUCCCAUCAAAAAUAGAAGAGGUCCAAAAGUAUGGCGAUUACUACCACCUUGACUUCAUCCACAAGGAAGUUCAGCAUUUGAUCCGUCAGUGUCCUCAACAGGAAGGUGAAAGUGUGCAUGAGCUCCAGACCCAGCUUCACAGCCUGAGCGACGGGGCCAUCAAGCAAGCCCUUGAAUAUCUGACCAUUGAGGGCUACUUUUACCCCGCUGUGGAUGAAGAGCAUUUUAAAUCUGCUGACUGAAGCAAUGAAAAGAUUUUUCAUUUUCCAAAGAUCCUUGCCUCCAUCUGUGAGUGAGUUUAACCUGUUGACUUUUAGGAAGUAGAUUUUUUUUCAACAAAAUAUCUCAGCUGGCAUACUUUGGACCCUCAGUGCUUUUCCAAAUGCUUUGAACUUCUCUGUUUUUCUAACUGUAUUUGAAGCUCAGAAGGAGAUGGUGAUGGAGAAAUUGACUGGACUUUUUGUAGGAUUUGCCACCAAGCAAAUGAAAACAGUCCUGUAUGAAUGAAUUUGGGAGAGAAAAGGUACAGAAAAAAAAUGGAAAAUUGUUAUUUGUUGUGUGGGAGCUUCUUUUUCUGAAAUAUCCAUAUAUUAGGAGAAUAUAGAAUAAGUCAAGGAACCAAUUAAGAGAGAAAAACAAAAAUUCUAUUGUUUUUACGUUAGACUUAUUUUCUGUGUUUGGAUUUAGCUUAUAAUCCUAUUAUCUCUUGCUAAAUGUAGUAAUUGGUUAAUUUGAAUGUGCUAAAGAGAGCAAUUUAUGAAGUGCUCAGUUCAAUAUUUAUUGAGUGAUUUGCUCUUAUUACCAUAGAUUUAUUUUUAAAAAAUAAAAUUAUAGUAUGUUUAACAGCUCUUAUUACCACAGGUUUAUGUUUUUAAAAAAAAUACAAUUAUAUUACCUUUAAAUGCCAGCUCUUAUUAACGUAAGUUUAUGUUAAAAAAUAAUAUUAUGACUAAAUAACAGCAAACAUAAACUAUGUUUAA